AUGAAAAUACAAUCACGUGAUAUAUCUAUGAGCAAACUCUUGAGAGCGUAUCGUGGUCCGUGGGUUAAGCAUGAGACCUCCCGGCACGAGACCUCCCAGUACGUGACCUCCCAGCACGUGACCUCCCAGCACGAGACCUCCCAGCACGUGACCUCCCGGCACGAAACCUCCCAGCACGAGACCUCCCGGCACGAGACCUCCCAGCACGAGACCUCCCAGCACGAGACCUCUCAACACGUGGCCUCCCGGCACGAGACCUCCCGGCACGAGACCUCCCAGCGCCGAGACCUCCCGGCACGAGACCUCCCGGCACGAGACCUCCCAGCACGAGACCUCCCAGCACGAGACCUCCCGGCACAAGACCUCCCGGCACAAGACCUCCCGGCACAAGACCUCCCGGCACAAGACCUCUCGGCACAAGACCUCCCGGCACAAGACCUCCCGGCACGAGGCCUCCCGGCACGUGGCCUCCCAGCACGAGACCUCCCAGCACGUGACCUCCCAGCACGAGACCUCCCGGCACGAGACCUCCCACCACGAGACCUCCCAGCACGUGGCCUCCCAGCACGAGACCUCCCAGCACGAGACCUCCCAGCACGUGACCUCCCAGCACGAGACCUCCCGGCACGAGACCUCCCAGCACGAGACCUCCCGGCACGAGACCUCCCAGCACGAGACCUCCCGGCACGUGGCCUCCCAGCACGAGACCUCCCAGCACGAGACCUCCCGGCACGAGACCUCCCGGUACGAGACCUCCCGGUACGAGACCUCCCGGUACGAGACCUCCCGGUACGAGACCUCCCGGCACGAGACCUCCCAGCACGUGGCCUCCCAGCACGAGACCUCCCAGCACGUGACCUCCCAGCACGAGACCUCCCGGCACGAGACCUCCCGGCACGAGACCUCCCAGCACGAGACCUCUCAACACGUGACCUCCCAGCACGUGACCUCCCAGCACGAGACCUCCCGGCACGUGACCUCCCAGCACGAGACCUCCCGGCACGAGACCUCCCGGCACGAGACCUCUCAACACGUGACCUCCCAGCACGAGACCUCCCAGCACGAGACCUCCCAGCACGAGGCCUCCCAGCACGAGACCUCCCAGCACGAGACCUCCCAGCACGAGACCUCCCAGCACGAGGCCUCCCAGCACGAGACCUCCCAGCACGUGACCUCCCGGCACGAGACCUCCCAGCACGUGACCUCCCGGCACAAGACCUCCCAGCACGAGAAAAGAAACGGGAAUUCACAAUUCACUUUGCAAAUUACGCACAAACAGAGAUAGGGGCGAAGAUACGCCCUCAUCACUAA